AUCUCCCGGACCGACGACGGGGGCCAGCAGCCAUGGGGGUGCACCUCAGCACGCCCAAGACGGAGAAGCACUCGCAGGAGGGCGAGGGCCAGCAGGUGCGCUACGGCCUCGCCUGCAUGCAGGGGUGGCGGACCACCAUGGAGGACGCCCACGUUGCUUUACCGCAGCUCGAUGAAUGCACAUCCUUUUUUGGCGUUUUUGAUGGGCAUGGAGCCCAUUCAAAAUCUGAUAUUACAGGGAAAUCGGUCGCUAAGUUCUGCGCCAAAUAUCUGCAUGUCCAAAUCCUAAAAUUAGAAGGAAAAUUUGGAUUAGCUACUGCUGCUAAAAAAGCAUACUUGAGAAUGGACGAGAUGAUGCAAGGGCACAGAGGUUGGAGAGAGCUGCAUGAGUUGGGCGAGAAGGGGCAAAAGUUAGCUGGCAUGUUAGAGGGCAUGGUUAGAUCUCCCAAAGGUGGAAAUUCAGGUAGACCUUGGGACGGCUGGUCUGAGGAGGGUAAUCAUUCUGAUUUUGAAGGCCCAACAUGUGGAAGCACAGCCUGUGUUGCGAUCAUAAGAAAUGAUCAACUUGUUGUUGCAAAUGCCGGGGAUUCCCGGUGCGUCAUCUCACGGAAGGGUCAGGCUCAAGAUUUGUCAAGAGAUCACAAGCCAGACCUUCCGGCAGAAAGAGAGAGGAUACAGCAUGCCGGUGGUUUUGUUGUUGCUGGGCGGGUCAAUGGAAGUUUGAACUUGUCAAGGGCAAUUGGGGAUAUGGAGAUGAAGAAUAAUCUGCGUUUUCCAGCAGACAGACAGAUCGUCUCAGCUGAACCUGAAGUGAACACAGUUCAACUUUCUGACGAUCAUGAAUUUAUCGUUUUGGCAUGUGAUGGUAUUUGGGACUGCAUGUCAAGUCAAGAAGUAGUAGAUUUUGUUCAUGAGAAACUGAGAACUGAGGAUAGUCUAUCUGCUAUUUGUGAGAAGAUGCUCGACCGAUGCUUGGCGCCUGAAGCUGGCGGGGAAGGAUGCGACAACAUGACAGUGAUCGUGGUGCAGUUCAAAAACCUUACCAAGUCAGCUGCCACUACUUCUAGCAGCGAGCAAUCUGCAGCCACUACCGAAGAGUUGCGGCCCAAUGAGCCUGAUGACCCGAAGAGCCCGUCGACUCCAGCAGAAACCAUCCCGGUCUGGUCGAAGUAGAGCUCUGAGGCCAAGCCAUGGUCAGAAUGUUCUGACUGUUGAUAGAUAAAAUGGGGGUAGCAAGUGGUGUACAUAACAGAGGGAUUCUAUUGGACGAUCUCCAUAGGGUUAUUCUUCUAGCCUUCUCGCGCUGAUUGAGCGUCGCAACCUGCAAUACAUAGCAUCUUUGUUCGCGGAUACGACAGUAGCAUCUUUUGUUUGUGGAUAUGGGUUGUGUGGAAUUCAUUGAAUUUGUUCCCGUUCCCAGUGGUCGUUUUUCAUGCGUUUCGUCAUGUUA